GGUGACAGAGUCUUCGUCAAAUUCGGGCACGAAUCAUUUUGUAAUCAGGGUGAUGAUUGUAUUGUUGAUUUAGCGCAUGCUUGUCUCUAGUCCUUUUUCUCAGAACUCUGCUGGUCAGACCUCAUGUUCAUUGCACUCACGAUUCCAGGACAUAGCCACAUGCUUGAAAUGACCCUAGGUCGUCCUAACAUGGUUGUCGGUGUUAUAAUGACUGCAACGUCACUCUCACACACACAUUGUUCUAUUUACAUCAUUUCUUUCUCUUUUCAUUUCAAUUCUUUUCUUUUGAUCUGUUUGUAUUUUGUUGCUCUUGUUUAUAACACUUUCCAAAUAGCUAUAGUUAAGCAUAUGCCCGAUAAAAUGAAGCAGUAUGGGCUGCAUAGCGAUUAUUGCUCUGAUACAUACACGAAAGUGUAAUGGCCUUUCCCAUUGUCCAUUUGAAUGUAUGUCAUAGCAGUUAAUAGCUUUAAAACUAGGGUACUGUAUAUGUGCCUGUUCUGAUGGCCUUUUGAAUUAAGCCUAUAUGAAAUCACAAUACAAAUGAUGUAGGGUA